AUGGAAGCAAUCGGAGACCUAAUGACGACUCACCAUAAGAAGACAGCGGCUGACAUGACCCUAAUUAGGGAUGAAAUCAAGGGCAUUACAGACAGGCUGGGAAAGGUGGAGGCCUCCUCCGACAGCAACACCAACCAAAUCAUGGAUCUGCAAGUAGCGAUCAAGGACCUGCAGCAAAAAACCCUGCAGCAAGAAAUUCAAAUGAAGACAGGCACCGACAAAACAAUCUCAAGCUCAGAUGAGUUGCAGACUCCAUACCGGAGGCUGAACUACCGCAUUUUGUCAGGCAACUCCUCACGGAACUACUGA